AUGGGCGAUAACCCACCCUCUCGUGCCUCUCUCGAGUCUCAUCAAACGGAUCUAGAGGGUCACUAUGUUGGCCCAUCAUCCGGUGUCUCAUUCCUGAUUCGAGUGCAAAGAAAGCUGUAUAAGCAUCUGUCGCUUCCGCUCAACACACCGAUCUUCACAUUUGAAGAUACUCCGUUGCCUGUAGGCGAGUCAACCUUCAUGCUACUCCCCGUGAGAAACGAAGCAGACAUGCUCGUGGCGCGGUACUUCGAUUUUACCUUCCCUACGCAUCGAUUUCUCCACCAACAGCAGGUGGAAAGCUGGGUGGAUGAGUUCUACUGCAGCGUUUUGAAGUCCGAGGCUGUUGGCCCUGGUGUGCGAGGGAAACGGGCUUUAGUUGCGGCUUCUUUUGCGGCCUCGGAGCAACAACUCGUCGCUGAGACAGGUCCUAUUCGGUUGACUAGCGUUCAAGCACGGUUAGCACAGUGCUUCUAUCUUCUAUCUCAGUCUCGUAUCAAUCAUUGCUGGAGUCUAUUCGGGACAACGGCUCGCCUCGCAAUGGCUAUCGGUCUGCAUCGCAAUCGAAAGCGAGAGACUGGAGCUGGAGUGGAUUAUAUUGAUUCCGAGUGUCGGAAACGUGUCCUUUGGUGUGCCUACAGCCUAGACAACUAUCCCAGUGCCGCUUUGGGUCGUCCACGAAUAUUUCACGAUGACGAUAUUGAUCAAGACUUUCCUGGCGUGAUUGAUGACUCAAGAAUCUUGCGACACCAGAUCCUCCCCUCAAAAUCGACUGCACAGAGCAUAAUGCUAGCUCCCUUAUAUCACGACAAACUAUCGGUCAUUGUUGGCCGUAUAUUACGUGAUAUGUACGGACCUCAUAAAGCAACCUCUCAAGAAGAAGAAGCGGCCGCUGCUCAGCACGGUGCCGAUCUCACUCGAUGGCGACAAGAAAUCUCUGGCUUUCUUGAUUCCUCGAAUGUUGACCUUCUGAUCCUGAUAUAUCAAUGCCAAUAUACAGUUCUCAAUCUCGCUUUCUAUCAUGCACAAAUUUUGCUUUAUCGACCAUUCUUGAUAAAGCACUUUGGGAAUUUUGUCGGUCAAGAAAGAUCUCAAAAUAACGUGCGAAGUGAAACUUCCAAUCAAUAUGUCGAUGUUUGCAUCACGGCUGCAACAAAUAUUGCCGCGGUAGUUCACGAGCUCUGCGAAAAACACCGAAUGUAUAGCAUGUUCUGGUUCACCCAUUAUUACGCCUUUUCCGCCAUCAUGGUUUUAUAUGUGCGCGUCAUCCAGCUCGCUACGCAAAGCCGAAGUCCAGAGGAGACUGCCAAGUAUUUACAAAUAGGAGAGCAAUCUCAACGGGACCUGGCUAGUUGUUGCUCACAGUCAUCUUUUGUGCAACGAUAUCUCGUUGUUCUGGAGGAGCUUCGCCAUGACGCUCGAUCUGCAAUGGAACAAUAUGGUCAACAUCCAGCUUCUAAUAUCACCACAAAUAACAUAAUCUCUUUUGGUCAUGCGAACCAGAAUAUUCGGGCCAUGUACGGCCAUGAGGGCGGCCCUCCAGCCGAAUUUGAGUUUGGGAAUGGCCUAGUGCAAAUAAACAACGAUGUUGUUGAAAGUCACACUCAAGAGAAUGAGAGACUACAAGGUGCUGAUUUGUCAAUAAACCCAUCAAGGCAGUCCAAUACUUCUCAGUGGAUAGAAGCCAGGGUCCAGGAUAACUCUCCAAUGGAUGGUGAAUUCGGGAUCCCAGACUGGGAACAUCUUGAUUCUUUGGCUGUUGCAGGAAUGGGGGAAUUGGACGUUCUUUUUUUCUCAUGGUUGGCAAUCCAACGAGUGAGCCCAAUCGGUAAUUGUUCAAAGCCACGAUAUGCGAUCGGACGGUACUAG